GCGGCGGGGAGGGCACGGCGGGCUGGGGCGGGCGUCCCCGGCCGGAAGCGCGCAGGUCGCGCUGGGGUGGCCGCGGACAUGUGCAGGAUGUCCUUCAAGAAGGAAACUCCACUUGCCAACGCCGCAUUCUGGGCAGCAAGGAGAGGCAACCUGGCUCUGCUCAGGCUGUUGUUGAACAGUGGUCGGGUGGAUGUGGACUGCAGGGACAGUCACGGCACCACGCUCCUCAUGGUCGCCUCCUAUGCCGGUCACAUAGACUGUGUGAGGGAACUGGUUCUGCAGGGAGCAGACAUCAACCUCCAGAGGGAGUCAGGUACAACUGCCCUGUUCUUUGCUGCCCAGCAAGGACAUAAUGACGUCGUGAGAUUUCUCUUUGAAUUUGGAGCAUCCACUGAAUUUAGGACCAAAGACGGGGGCACGGCCCUGUUGGCCGCCAGUCAGUACGGGCAUAUGCAGGUUGUGGAGACGCUGCUGAAACAUGGAGCCAAUAUCCACGACCAACUUUACGAUGGAGCCACUGCCCUCUUCCUUGCUGCCCAAGGUGGUUACUUGGAUGUGAUUCGAUUGUUGUUGUCUUCAGGAGCAAAAGUCAACCAGCCAAGGCAGGACGGGACGGCGCCGCUGUGGAUCGCGUCGCAGAUGGGCCACAGCGAGGUGGUGAGGGUCAUGCUGCUGCGCGGAGNGCUGCUCGGCGGCUGCUGGCAGUCGCGCGUGCGCCUGGCGCUGCGCCUCCCUCUGGCCCUGGACCGCGAUGCAGGUGGGGUCGCAGCCUCCGUGUUAUGGGGUCCGGAUGGUACAACAGCAUUACUCAAAGCAGCCAACAAAGGGUAUAACGAUGUUAUCGAAGAGUUGCUGAAAUUCUCACCCACCCUUGGCAUUUUGAAGAAUGGGACAUCGGCCCUCCACGCAGCGGUGCUCAGUGGGAAUAUUAAAACAGUCGCGCUGCUCCUGGAAGCAGGGGCGGACCCAGCCCUGAGAAACAAGGCCAAUGAACUUCCAGCAGAACUAACCAAAAAUGAACGUAUACUGCGUCUCCUCCGAAGUAAAGAAGGACCCAGGAAGAGCUAACUUAGUUCCAUAUUCGAGUGAAAGAUAGAAACCCUAAUCACAUUGUCCAAAAAGAAAUUGCUUUUCAAAUAGUGUUGGAAAUUCCUUUAAGAAAGGAAUUGCCCAGAAUGCCCACCCUGGGUCCCUGACCAAGGAGAGCUGGGCUCUGUGCCCUGAGUCAAGAACAGAAAGGCUCAGGGACCCCUUGCCCUCACUUACAUGGGCUUCUCAUGCUGGCCUACAACCCCCCACUACUGUGGGGCCUGGCAAAUUCGUGGAGUCCACAGAAACUCAUAUGAAACCACACUAAGUUGGGUCUCUCAGUUAAACUCUAAGAGUUAUACCCUGGAAGAGGUUCAAGCAAGAUGACGAAAGCCUUGAAAAGACUGAAAGUCUGAUCUUCAGUGAAUCAGAAUGCUUCUGCUUUUGCAUUGAAUGUACGUGUGCUAAGACAUAUAGCUCCCUCAUAUUUUACACAUACGUGUAUGUCAUUCCAGUGUAAAAUGUUCUCUUCUACUCAAAGAUCGUAACCGCGUUGAUUCUGAAGCAAUGAUGUGUAAAUUUACAUUAAAGAGCCACUUCUGACA